AUGGAGUUCUCGCUAAAAUUAGCGGGAGGAGCAGUAUCAGGAGCAGUAUCAGGAGCAGUAUCAGGAGCAUUUCAGGAGCAGCUUCCAGGGCGGUUUAAGGGCCAUUGUCAGACCACGCUUCCAGAGCGGUUUCAGAGUCAGUGUCAGAAGCAGUUUCAGACUCGGCAUCCACCAAUUCGAAGAGUUCUCAUCACCAGAAAAGACUUGGUAUUGUUCUUGCGCUACAAGAACUUCACCAUCGCCGGUUGGUUGGGCCACACGGUGGCCACCCCCUUGAAUCAGGGGUGGACGCCGCUUCGGAGGUUUCUCCGGUGGUCCAUUGGCAAUCGUCCGACGCUUCGUGCCAACAUUUCUGGGUCUUUGAGAGCUCAUCGUGGUUGA